AUGGCGGCGGCCGAGCUGCUGUCGGAUGAGGGCUAUCGGCUGGACGGGCGGCGGCCCAGCGAGCUGCGCAAGGUGCGGGCUCGCAUGGGCGUGUUCGAGCAGGCCGACGGCUCGGCCUACAUCGAGCAGGGCAACACCAAGGCGCUGGCCGUUGUCUACGGGCCCCAUGAGCUGCGGGGCUCCCGGAGCCGGGCGCUGCCGGACCGGGCACUAGUGCACUGCCAGUACAGCCUGGCCGCCUUCAGCACCAGCGAGCGACGGCGGCGGCCCCCCCAUGGCGACCGACAGACAGCGGAGCUAGCGCUGCACCUCCGUCAGACCUUCGAGGCCGCCAUCCUGACCCAGCUGUACCCCCGCUCCCAGAUAGACAUCUACGUGCAGAUCCUCCAAGCAGACGGUGGCAAUUACUGCGCAGGGGUGAACGCAGCCACACUGGCACUGAUGGACGCUGGCAUCCCCAUGAAGGACUUUGUCUGUGCCAUCUCGGCUGGGCUGGCGGCAGACACAGCGCUGGCAGACCUGAGCUGGCCCGAGGAGGCGGCUGGGGGCCCACAGCUGGCACUGGCACUGCUGCCAGCCUCGGGGCAGAUUGCCCUGCUGCAGCUCAGCGCCCGCCUGCACCAGCAGCGCCUGGAGCUGGCACUGGAGGCAGCGCUGGAAGCCUGCCGGGCACUGCACGCUGUGCUGGAUGCUGUGGUGAGGGAGAGGCUGCGCCAGGCCAGCCAAGCGCUUGGGGACUGA